GGGGCGGCCAAUGGGGGCCGACUGUCACCGUCAACGAUGGCCCUGAUGUCGUCCCAGUUGCAAAUGCAACAACUGUUUCAGUCGCACCUACUCAGCCCUAAUCAGCUACAAUCGCUUAUCCAGCAACAGCUCCUACAUCACAAUAAGGGUGCUGACGCGGUGAUACCACAGCUCCAGGAGCAAUUACAAUUGAACAUGGUACAACAAGGCCAACUCUACCACCAAUUA